GCAGAAACAGGAAGACUUUUCGUACGACAAAGUAAAGGAGCAUUCAGAUUACAAAAAAGCAUUAGAAAUAUUAUCUAGUCAAAACGAAUAUGCAAAAAAAUGGUUAGAUGUCUUUAAACUGGCUGAUUACGUGUUGGCUGGUGAUAGUGGAUUACGCGUUUCCUCGGCGUUCUUGAACCAAGAGCUAGAAUACGUUUCGGAUGAAUAUGACCUAAUCUUGACUACCAAUGUGAAUGAACAAAUGGGAACGUAUGUAAAUGCUACUACUACUCGACUUACAAAACGGUUUCUAGACUGUGCCAAAGAAAGCCCUCCAAAGCGUUUGGCAAAGGAGAUAGGAAAAAAUGAACACGGUAAUCCUUUUGCUACAUGCGGAACACCCAAUAAGAGUGACACAGAUGAAUCAUAUCAUCCCAGUUCUGAUGAAUCAAGUAGUGAUUCUUAUAUGGAAUUUAAAAAAGAGAAACCCGAAUAUAUUUAUGAAUGGUUUACAGGACAGGGCAUCAAAGAAUCUAAUUUAAGUGAUGGUGCAAAAAAGUGGAUCAUCAACACAUUUGAUGUUUCGAAUUUAUUGUUAGAAUAUCGCAAUAUGUCUGUUCAAAAGGCUUCUGAUCAUAAAAUUGAGGAGGUUGCUGAAAUACUUUCUUUGAAUCAUAUAUUUUUAUUCGAGGAGAAUGCAUCAGCCGGGAUUCAGGAAAUGAUUGAUCCUCAGUCAUUAAAAAUAAUUUUCGAAAACAUUAAAAAUGAAUUUACUCCCUAUCAAUUAUCAGAUAAUGACAUUUUACGAUGUUAUAAAAUGGCAAAGACUGCAAACCAAAAUUUUCGAAAUUGCAAACAAUUGCUAAGGAGAUGGCAAAAGCAAGUCGAGGAUGAUCAAGAGGAUUUGAUUUUGGAGGUGUUCGAGUCGAUGUAA